AUGGAGGAAAGGGGCAUUGGCCGUCCCAGCACCUACGCGCCGACGAUUGGCACUCUGCUCGGCCGUUAUUACGUGGAGCGCAAGCAGAGCCGCCUGUUCCCAACUACGCUGGGCCUUACGCUCUCGGACCUGCUGACGGAGUACUUCCCCGGCGUGAUGAACCUGGAUUUCACAGCGGGAAUGGAGGAAGAACUGGACGCGGUAUCCCGCGGGGAACGUGGCUGGGUGCCCAUGCUGGGCGAGUUCUAUGGCCCGUUCCGGGACGCGCUUGACAAUGCAACCGAGUCAAUGCCCAGGGUGCGACUGGAGGAGGAAACAGACGAGGUCUGUGACGACUGCACCAAGCCCAUGGUCAUCAAGAUCGGCCGGUUUGGGCGUUUCAUGUCCUGCACGGGCUACCCCGACUGUAAGGGAACCAAGCCCAUCUUGAACAAGAUCGGCGUGGUCUGCCCGGACUGUGGCGGCGAUCUGGUGGAACGCAGGGCGCGUGGACGGGGCGGCCGGCCCUUCUGGGGCUGCUCCCGCUAUCCAAACUGUGAGUUCAUCAUGAACCGCAAGCCGGUGCCCAACCCCUGCCCGGAAUGCGGCAAGCUGAUGGUACAGAUGAACCGCAACACCGUGGCCUGCACCUCAUGCAGCUGGCAGGAGUCGUCCGGCGCUGAUGGGGCAAGCGAGCCUGCGGGAACCAGCCAAGCCGAGGAGCUGGUGGGCGUUGGCGACUAG